AAGCUCUCUGGAGGGAAACACAUCCACGAAGCCAACAACACCUCACACCACCUGGAAGAUCUUCACCAUGAGGCAGUCAUGUAUGUCCAUCGUCUUCGCCGCAGCGCUGAUAUUCAAGUGCUACGUACUGUCGGGGGCGUUACCCAUGGCCAAGACUGAAGAUGGCUCCUUGGAGCAGGAGACUUUCUCCUCGCUGAUGAGCGACAAGGCGACGGACAACAGCUUCAGCGACGCAGACCUGGACGCCGAGGAGAAACUGAGCGGGCCCAGGGUGAUCGUCGUGGCCGAACCGGGCCUGUGGAGGGACCUGCGGGUGCUGCACAACGGCCUUUCCCUGUACAAGCGGAGAGCGGACCACAGCGAGCAGGUGACCCAGCACAAGGACGCCAGCCAGGGCGUGAACAUCCCCAUCCUGAGGAGGGACAACAUGAGGUGCAUGGUGGGACGGGUGUACCGGCCAUGCUGGGAAGUCUAGGACACUUGACAACUCGCACCGAGAUGUAACAUAACCCAAGAUUCUGUGUAUCUAUAUUUAAAUUAUUGCAGAUGUGAGAAUAAAAACCGUUGAAUUCUG